AUGUGUGACCGCCGGGUGGUGAUCAAGAAUGCUGACAUGAGGGAAGACAUGCAGCAGGAAGCUGUUGACUGUGCAAAGCAGGCUCUUGAAAAAUUCAGUAUUGAGAAGGAUAUAGCAGGAUUCAUCAAGAAGGAGUUUGAUAAGAAGUACAACUCGACAUGGCACUGCAUUGUCGGCCGGAACUUCGGGUCGUAUGUAACGCACGAGACGCGCCACUUCAUCUACUUCUACCUGGGCCAGGUGGCCUUCUUGCUAUUCAAGGGCAGCUAA